CCACCCACCACAGAUAACUCACUACAUAACUCACCCCGCAACUAUUACUCAAUUACUCAAUACUCAAUACUUGACAACCAUAUCCAUUCGCUUAAACAAAUUAACCAACCAUACAUAUAAUGACUAGACCAAGAUAUCUAACCGAUAGUGAAAGAUCCAAAGUACUUGAAUUUCAAGAUAUGAUUCAUUACAGUCCACGAUACAGUGAUGACACUCAUGAAUACAGACAUGUGAUGUUACCUAAGAAUAUGUUAAAAGUUAUUCCUCAAGAUUACUUCAAUCCGGAAACAGGAACUUUACGAAUACUAUUGGAAGAGGAAUGGAGAGGUCUAGGUAUUACUCAGUCAUUAGGAUGGGCUCAUUAUGAGACUCAUGCCCCAGAGCCUCAUAUCUUGUUAUUCAAAAGACCCAACAAUUAUGGUCAAUAGGCAGUUAAUCAGAACAGAAGUCAACGAGAGAUACCCAGAGUUAGAAGAUGUUUUUGCCAAGACAUCUGGUAGUAACAGCUAUCAAAUGUGCAUAGUAUUUAAUUAAUCAAUAUAACGUGUUAUAUGAGU